CUUGUUUAGGAGUAGGCGGGAAGCAGUUUCAUCCCUAAAGCUUUCUCCCAUCUCUCUUCACUUCACUCCUCUUCCUCUUCACUUUGCUAUAUCUAAUGGGCAUAAAGGGUUUAACGAAGCUGUUGGCGGACAAUGCCCCAAAAUGCAUGAAGGAGCAGAAAUUCGAGAGUUACUUUGGCCGCAAGAUUGCCAUCGAUGCCAGCAUGAGCAUUUAUCAAUUCCUUAUUGUUGUGGGAAGAACGGGGACUGAGAUGCUCACUAAUGAGGCUGGUGAAGUUACUAGUCAUCUCCAGGGCAUGUUUUCGCGGACGAUUAGGCUUCUGGAAGCUGGAAUUAAGCCAGUCUAUGUUUUCGAUGGGAAGCCUCCAGAGUUGAAAAGCCAAGAGCUGGCAAAGCGUUACUCGAAAAGAGUUGAUGCAACUCAAGAUUUGGCGACGGCGGUAGAGUCUGGAAAUAAGGAAGACAUUGAGAAGUUCAGUAAACGGACAGUAAAGGUGACAAAGCAGCACAAUGAAGACUGCAGAAAACUUUUGAGGCUCAUGGGUGUGCCUGUAAUUGAGGCUCCCUCAGAAGCAGAGGCACAGUGUGCUGUUCUUUGCAAGGCAGGAAAGGUUUAUGCUGUGGCGUCAGAAGACAUGGAUUCCCUAACAUUUGGAGCUCCUAAAUUUCUUCGUCAUUUGAUGGAUCCUAGCUCAAGAAAAAUCCCAGUCAUGGAAUUUGAUGUUGCUAAGGUUUUGGAGGAGCUAAAUCUUACUAUGGAUCAAUUCAUUGACUUGUGCAUACUCUCUGGAUGUGAUUACUGUGACAGCAUUCGAGGUAUUGGAGGUCAGACAGCUUUGAAGCUCAUCCGCCAACAUGGCUCUAUAGAGAGUAUACUUGAGAACAUAAAUAAAGAGAGGUACCAAAUACCAGAUAAUUGGCCAUAUGAAGAGGCUAGGCGGCUUUUUAAGGAACCAGUUGCUUUAACCGAUGACGAGCAACUGGAGAUUAAGUGGACUGCUCCAGAUGAAGAAGGGCUGAUUUCCUUUCUGGUGAAUGAAAACGGAUUCAAUAAUGACAGAGUGAUUAAGGCUAUAGAAAAGAUUAAAGCAGCCAAGAACAAGGGUUCACAGGGCAGACUAGAAUCAUUUUUCAAGCCAACUGCUACCACGUCUGUACCGCUUAAACGGAAGGAAACGCCAAGUACUGCCAAAGAAACUAGCAACAAAAAGACAAAGGGCGGUGGUGGUAGAAAGAAGAAAUAGCUGAAUUGGCCUUUGGCCUAAGAAACAGGAGUUGAGAUUGCAUUUUGGCGCAUUUGUACCUUUGUUAGUUGGUGCACUCGGUCUGUUUUCGUAUGGUAGAAUAGGAUUGCCGGAGUCUUGUUUGCUUUCUUGAGGAUUAUUGUAAAUUAUAUUAUGCUUAAAUUCAAGUUGAUUAAUUGGAAGUUUAUGGCCCAAUCUAGGUACUUUUGCUUUUGGUG